UCCCCCAUGCCGGGAUCCCCUAGAUCCCCAGCAACUCCACUAUCACCCAGAUCACCCAGGGGUUCUCAACCGGGCUCACCCGCUAACAACAGUCCCCGCGUAGGAGGGAAGCUGGCGUAUCUGGCGAGCCGCCGCACGUCGCGGGACAGCGAGACCGGGGACGUGGCCCCGCUCGUGUCGGCGCGGUACUGCAAAAGACGGCCAUCAAAUUUCCUCGAGCUCCCGGUGCCGGACCACUAUCGGCCGCGGGUUUGUUCUCUGCCCGAGCAAUACAACCCGCGAGCCUGUGACCAGAUCUACCGACUGCGCACCUUCUCCAUCACGUCCAAGGGCGUCAUCAACAGGGGUGACUCUCUUAUCUCCAAGCGGUCCAAGUCCAACACUUCUGUGUGCUCAACGGUAUCAAGACCUUCCAGUCGUAGCGGCCGGAGCGGGGAGAGGUCGCCGUUUGAAGGCUCGUGUUGCGGCUCUUCCUACGUGUCUUCUGAAAAUUCCGUGGGCAUCACAAAGUAUAGGGUCGUCUUGCUCGGCGAGUCCGGCGUCGGCAAAAGUGCCCUCGUGUCCCAAUUUAUGACGUCCGAGUACAUGAACACGUACGACGCUUCCCUCGAUGACGAGUUCGGCGAGAAGAGCGUCUCGGUGUUGCUGGACGAGGAGGAGAACGAAGUUGUCUUCAUAGAUCAUCCGGCGCACGAAAUGUCGGUUGAGAACUGCCUGACGACGUACGAGCCGCACGCGUGCGUGGUGGUGUACGCGGUAACAGACCGCGCGUCGUUCAAGAAGGCGGAGGACGUCUUGAACUACCUCUGGCGGGAGAGCUGCGUUGACAAGAUGGCAGUCAUACUCGUCGGCAAUAAAGUGGACCUCGUACGCAACAGGAGCGUGUCCAGCGAAGAAGGCAAAGCAGCGGCCACGCACCACGACGCGAAAUUCAUCGAGACGUCGAGCGGCCUCCAGCACAACGUGGAUGAGCUGCUGGUGGGGGUCGUGAAGCAGAUUCGCCUGCGUUUGGCGGCCAAAAAGAAGCGCUUGAAGAAACUCUCGAUGUCACGUACAUCGCUGUCGCUGCAGGCUGCCAAGGACAUAUUGCACAAAAUGUGCACCAUAGAUUCUAAGUCCAAAUCUUGCGAGAAUCUCCACAAGCUUUAAAGCUUGUGUCUAGUCUCUUUGAAUUAUGAAUAAUGAAUUAGAAUCUGCACUGUUUCUCUCGGGAGCUUCAACACAUUUCUCUCGAACUCAGGCUUUCAGGCUUUUCUUAACGUUCUGUUCAAUUCCACUGAAUAAUUUUCCGAUGUGAGUCGAACGAUUCGUUUGAAAUUCUUGAUAGAAUUUUAUUGUUAGAUUCAACGCUUCUUCUAAAUAAUUGUGAAUGUUUCCGAAAUGCUUAAAAACACUUGAACAUGUUCGCACCAGCUAAUCAAACUAUAACAAUAAUCAGCUAUUUCCAAAAUUUCUCGCAAUUACUCAAUUGUAAUCGUGACAAUAAUCGUAAAAGAUAUAUAAUCAACUGUUGCUAAGAAAAAGUGUGAAGCGGUAGAGUGGCUAAUAAUUGAAACUUAACAUAUAUUUCCAUGCAAGUCAAUAGAUUCUUAUACUUUGCGUUUAAUACAUUAAUGUUGUAUAU